AGUCGCGCAACGUUUGGGAAACUGGAGGCCCAAACAGCCCUUUCAAUAAAUAUUCUCUCUCUAGAUUCUUCCCCCCUUUUUGCCCUCUACAUUCUUUCUUUCUCUCUCUACUGAUAUGACAAUGGCGAACUCUUCAAGAAGCAGAUCAAGAGGACCCAAUCUCCAGAGAUCGUUAUCUCCAUCUGCUGGACGCUUCUGCUCUUCCUCGAUCUCCUCUACUUCAGCUUUCUAUUCUCGCUCCUCUGAUUUUUUUAAGCGAUCCUCUUCGCCCACUCGUGUUAACCUAUACCGCGGUGUCUCGUCCUCUCCGUCACCGUCCGUACGGUUUUCAAUCGAACCCCAGACAUCUCCUAGACGGUCGAUUUCGGUGUCGCCGCGGGACCAAGUGGUGAGGAAGCAGAACACUGGGAGCAGUCGUCAGAAGCGGACGUGCCUAUGUUCCCCUACGACGCAUCCGGGCUCGUUUCGUUGUAGUAUGCACAAGAACGCGAACACCGGCGCCGGCUCCGGCUCUGGAGGCGCGUACCAGUCGAAUCGGUUGAAUGCUCGGAGAUCGGCGAUGACGAACUCGCUGGUGAGGAUUGGGGGAGUGGAAGGGGACUUGGUGAAGAGAGCGUUGUCGGCGUUGAUUCGGCCGUCGUCACAUCAACAGCGGCGGAGAGCGGCGUUUGAGCCGAGACUUAGUCGGCUAUCGAUCAUGUCCAUGGCCGGUUCCGACGAUCUUUGAACGUCGGAGACCUUUUUUUUUUUUUUUUAAUUUUGUAUAGAAUUUCUUUGAGAGGUUUUCCAACGACGUCGAGGAAGCGAGUUGCCAGUGCAGAGCGACUCACUGGGUUGACUCAAUACGUAGAACUUCUGCUUCUUUUCCUCUUUAAAGAAACAUCUCCGAUUGUACAUGUUUGCAGCCUUUGAGAGCUAUUGAAGAUUGCUAUUCAUUGCA